CGAGCUCCUUGGAAUAAUUUUUGCCUGACGAAAUUAGAAAAUAAAAUUCAAAUCCCGAGAAAACUUUUUUUUUUUUAAGUUUUUAUUUUGAAAAAUGAUCGUUACCCGGAAAAAAAGUUAACCGCCUUUUUCUCUGUGCCUCUUCUCGAAGAAAAAAUUAUAGUAGAAAUAAAAAAGUAAAAUUGAAGAAAAUUAUCUAUUAUGCUGAAUUUUUAUUAUUAUUAUUAUUAUUGUUAAUUAUUUCUUUGGAUUUUCCACCAAAAUUUUAAACUUUUCUCCUCAACUGCCAUCUCCGAGAAAGUGAAACAGACAGAGAGAAAAAUAGUGUUUUAUUUGGUUUUGAAUUUGGUGAAAAAAUCUGUUUGGAGUAUUAGAUUCGAAUUUUUUUAUUAUCUGUAAUCGGCUUUUCAAAAUUAAUAUUAGUUUUGAUCCGUUGAGUGUUUCUUUUUACCUGUCAUUCUGUAAUUUUAAUUUUUUUUUAAAGUUUUUGUUAUCAAGUCAGAAAGAUUUCAAAAUUCGAAUUUGGAGCGGUUUGUAUGGAAAAUUUCGAAUGCGGAAAUGACGAGAGCUUUUUAUGGUGAUUGAUGUCGAAUUUUGGUUUCGCAUUCAAAAAUGGUGGUCAACGUCAAUCGUGAGGCUCCUAAGCUAUGGCGGAAAAUAUCCACAGAGUUAUUCGUAGAGAUUUCACUUCUUGCAGAGAAUUGGAAGUACCUUCUGGCCGGAAUUUUUUUUCAGUAUCUUCAUGGAUUAGCUGCCCAUGGUAUACAUUACUUGCACCGCCCUGGACCAACACUUCAGGAUGCCGGUUUUUUCUUUCUACCGGAACUUGGUAAACAAAGAGCUUAUAUGAGUGAGAGUCUCUUUUCUACUAUCUUUUGUUCUUUUGCCUUGUGGACUUUUCACCCUUUCAUUUUUCAGAGCAAAAAAAUCUACACAGUUCUUGUGUGGUGUAGGGUUCUUGCCUUUUUGGUUGCUUGUCAAAGUCUCCGGAUAAUCACAUUCUAUUCCACUCAUCUUCCUGGUCCAAACUACCAUUGUCGUGAGGGCUCAAAACUUGCUCGGCUGCCCCCUCCACAGAGUGUACUUGAAGUCCUCUUAAUAAACUUUCCCCGAGGAGUUAUAUAUGGCUGUGGUGAUUUGAUUUUUUCCUCACAUAUGAUUUUCACCUUAGUAUUUGUGCGCACAUAUCAAAUUUAUGGAUCAAAAAGAUGCAUUAAGCAGUUUGGUUGGGUACUUGCUGUGAUCCAAAGCCUUCUGAUUAUAGCUUCACGCAAGCAUUAUACGGUUGACGUUGUUGUCGCAUGGUAUACCGUCAAUUUGGUAGUAUUCUUCCUUGAUAAAAGACUGCCAGAAAUGCCUGACCGGUCUUCAGGUUCUACAUCUAUACUUCCACUGACCAACAAAGAUAAAGAUAGCAAGAACAAAGAAGAGCUGCAAAAACUCACUGACAUCAACUCUGUUGGUCCAACAGACUGAAUAUGGAAAAUCAGUUGUCAUGUUUGAAGAUAAAUGAAGCAAUAUCUGGACCACGAAAUUGUAUAGCUGAUUUGGGUUAUGUGGAAGAAGAGGAUCAUGGUACUCUUAUGGUGUCACAUAAAGUACAGAAUGGCGUAACGCUUUGGGAGAUACAGUGGCCAGAGGGGGGAGAUGCAGGCAUGUGAUGCCUCUUUUAAGCAAUUAGGGCUGGCAUGAACCAAUGAUUCAAUUUAAUAAUGCUUCUUGUCGAGGUCCGAAGGUCCCACAUCGGACCACAACCACCACCACCUUAGCUUUUCAAUGCCUUUUUUUUUUUUUUCCCUUUACCCCCAUGUAUAUUCUCUUUUCAUAGGGAUGUUGAAACAUAUCAAUUGGAGACAGCAGUUGUUACAUCACGUGCCUCCUCUUGGUUUUCCCAUCCUUAUUAUCAAAGGUACUGUUCUUCCUUUCCUUUUUUCUCCAUCUGUGGUACAAUUCUGAUUUCUAUGCAGUGCUACCAAUGUCAAACAUGUCAAAAAGAAAGAGGAAUUUAUUAUAUAUUUUCUUACAGUUCCCUUUUCUGGGUUUGUUUUGUGGAACCCAAAAAACUGGGUGAGCAACCCCUUUUUGUUCUGAAUAAAUUACUUUGCUGUUUCUCUAGCCAGUGGCAACAAGCACUGGCAUUGGCUGUGCUGUUGUUGUUUUUGUAGUUGUUUCUAUAAUUAUUAUGUCAUUAAAAUAGAGAGGGAAAAAAAAAAAAAAACUUGUUGUGAGAUCAAUAAUCAACUGGUCCCCUUUCCUACACCCUGUUCCCUAUCAAAAAAUUAAAUAAAAGAACAAGAAGAAUUUCCAGUAGUUUUAUCCUUGUAUAUCUGGGUUAUGUAUUACUUUUUGAAAUUAAUGAAUUUUUGGUACAGAACUGUAGUUAAUAAUGUAGUAUUAAAAUCAGAGUUCUUUUUCAUUUUUUGCUUCCUUUAUAGAAAUCAGAACACCUUUUGUUGAUUAUGUUAUUUUCAAGUGGUCCAAAUAGACUCUUUAUAUAUAUAUAUAUAUAUACACACACACACACACAUUAAGUUAAAUAAGAUACAUGGGACAUUCAUGAGGUGAGAAUAGCUUUAUCUCUCCUCUUUCAGCCAAAAAAAAAAAAAAAAAUGCUUUAUCUCUCCUCUAAUCCUUCCCUAAAUCCGAGAACCAUCUUACAGAGAGUCAUGUUGGAAAGUUCCCAAACAGACCCUUGAAAGUAUCCUCUGUGUCUGUACUGAAAUCUUAGCACAGUUAGCAAAGUAGUAUUAAAUUAAAUUAGGGCUCUAAUCAGAUACUCUGGCUUUGCCUAUAUAGAUCUUCUACUACAUGUAGAUGUAUUUCCUUGUCGGCGUGGGGGUGUUUUUGUAUACACUAUGUACAUAAUGAGGCAGCUGUGUCAACGGUAAAAUUCUACUACAUGUAGAUGUAUUUUUUCCUUGUCGGCGUGGGGGUGUUUUUGUAUACACCAUAUACAUAAUGAGGCAGCUGUGUCAACGGCAAAAUUUUUUCUUUUCUUUUCUUUUUUAUACCCAAGUCUUUUUGUAAUAUUUUGAAGCAGAAAUGAGGUGAAAAAGUGGUCAAUGGGGGUCGAGAUCAGGUUGAAUGCAACCUUCGUCACUUUAGGCAUAAAAAUAAAAGACCUUUAAUAUACUUAUUAUUAAAGCUGUCUCUGAAUAGAACUUCAUGUAAGGAAUUUGUUUGACAUAUCGAUGAUGUGGAGAGGGGCU